UAGAUAUGAAGGAAGCUCGUAUUGAUGCCAUGCUGCAAUCUAUUACUGAAACAAUGCUAGUGUAUUUGCCCCAUCAUGCAGUAGAUCCCUGGACCCUGUAUGAGGAGAAUCUUUUGAGGCGCGAUGAUAUCGCAUCCGAAAUUCAACUUAAAUCGUGGAAUGUUGAAAUUGCUGUCGUGGAACUCAUACAUAAGUUUUUGGACAGUGUGCCUUGUGAAGAAAUACGAAAUUUAAAAAAUCACUGGUUGGAUAUAGAGAAAGGAUUGAAGCAAGUUACAUCAGCCACUCGGGUUUUUCCCGAAGAUGCAGCAUUUAUGGAGAUAGAGAAUACGGACAGAUAUGAUGUUAUACCCACUAUAAAUGAAUGUAAUGAAAUAUUUGCAUAUUUUGCUACCAAAUGUUUGGAAGCACUAAUCAAAUGUACCAGACAAAGCCUCGAUAAACUUAGACGACGGGCUUCUGUUUCAAGUUUUCUAACCAUGACGACUGAUCCUGAAGAACAAAAUAAACUACAUCCUCUUAUGCUUACAAAAAUGCACUUACAAAUACCAAGAAUAUUAAUAAAACCUGCUUUAGAAGAUAUACAGGCAUCAUUUUCUCAGGUGGUGUUAAACUGUAUCAUGGAUAUUCAUCGCAAUGUAUUUAUGUGGGGACAACAAGAACAAAUAAAGAAAGAACAAUUAGCCGGUACUUUACUAACAACCAAACGCAGUAUGACAGGAUCGAAAUCCAGUAGUAACAUGGGAGGAGUGAGAAGCUACUUCCGAAUGGUGUCCGAACACAAAGAUAUCGUAAGGUCGGUGAUGGCGUUGCAAGGAAUGAUGUACAUGUACAAACCCGACAUAGAAAAAAUUCUAACGGGGUAUAAAAGAUUUUCGUAUCUGUGGGCUGAAGAUAGAGUGCAUCAAGUGAAAGAAUUUGUUGAUUUGAAUCCUCUGAAUGUUCAAAUCAAGGACAUGUUUUACAAAUAUGAGGCACAAACUGAGGAAGUUUUAAAUUUGCCUGAACGCCACAUUAUUGGUUCCAUUCAAAUAAACCUGGAACACCUCAAAUUGGCACUGCAUGUGGAAUCCAUUGAAUGGAAGAGAAUCUUGGGUAAAUUGCUAUGUCACGCUUACAAGGAGAGAGCGGAGAAGUUGAUGCAGUUCAUUCGUGACCGUAUGAAGACGAUGAACAAGAAAAUCAAGGAUUUGGAUGACGUUAGAGUUGCUAUGAUGUGCCUCGAACUUAUAAGAGAAAAGUUCAUUGGCAUGGAUAUGGAAUUAGAUACCUUACAAGAAAGUUACGCUACAUUUAACCAAUUCAAUAUCGAUAUACCCAAAGAGGAUACUGCUUUGGUGUUCAGUUUACGGCAUUCAUUUCAGAAUAUGUUAUUAGCAUCUCAACAAGUACAGCAAAAGAUAGUGGAUAUGCAAGGGCCACUUCAAACAGAGCUCACAGAGGGAGUGGCGACGUUCUUAGCUGACGUGCUCAAGUUUGAUGCUGACUAUGAUGCAACUGGACCAAUGACUCCUGGUCUAUCUGCGAGGGAAGCUAGUGACAGGGUCAUACUGUUCCAAUCAAGAUUUGAUGACUUGUGGAGAAGAUUCGAAAUGUAUUCUAAUGGUGAAAAAUUAUUUGGAAUGGAAGUACAAGAUUAUCCUAUAUUGCAUCAGAAGAAAAAGGAAUUUAACCUUUUAAAUAAACUUUACAGUUUAUACCUAUCCGUAGUGAACACCAUCGAUGGCUAUUUUGAAACGCCCUGGGUGGAUAUUGAUAUUGAACAAAUCGUUGCACAGUUGGCGGAGUUUGAUGUCAGAUGUCGAAGAUUGCCAAAAGGCAUGAAAGAUUGGCCAGCUUUCCUUGUUUUAAAGAGUAAAAUUGAUGACUUUAACCAAACGUGUCCACUAUUAGAGAUGAUGGCAGAUAAAUCUAUGAAGGAAAGACAUUGGAAGAGACUAGAAAACCUGCUGAAUUGUGUAUUGGAUGUCGAAUCUGAAUCAUUCACAUUGGCAAAGGUCAUGGAGGCACCGUUGUUGCAAAACAAAGACGACGUUGAAGACAUUUGCAUAAGUGCGGUAAAAGAAAAAGAUAUUGAAGCGAAAUUGAAGAAUGUAAGUGCGGAUUGGGCAGUUAUCGACCUAACGUUUGCUAAUUUCAAGAACAGAGGUGAACUCUUGAUAAAGCCACAGGAAACGCUCGACAUCAUCACUUUGCUCGAAGACUCAUUGAUGAUCCUCAACUCUUUAGCUUCCAAUAGGUAUAACCCGCCAUUUAAGAAAGAUAUCUUACACUGGAUAUACAAAUUGGUGACCACAAGCGAGAUCUUAGAAAAGUGGCUUCAAGUUCAGAAUGUGUGGAUGUACCUGGAGGCCGUGUUUGUCGGCGGUGACAUUGCAAAGCAGCUGCCUGCGGAGGCAAAGCGGUUUGCGAGUAUCGAUAAAGCUUACGUGAAAAUAAUGUACCGAGCGCGGGAUAUUGUUAAUUGUGUAGAAACAUGUACUUCGGAUGAUACGUUGAAGCACGUCUUGCCGUACUUGAUUGAGCAGCUCGAGGCUUGCCAGAAAUCUCUCACUGGAUACCUAGAGACCAAGCGUCUUAUCUUUCCCAGGUUCUUUUUUGUGUCCGAUCCUGUGUUACUAGAGAUACUUGGGCAGGCCUCAGAUCCUCACUCUAUACAACCACAUUUACCGAGUAUAUUUGAUGCCAUAUACACAGUUGAUUUUGAUGAUAAAGAAAAUAUUGUGAAAAUGAAUUCGGAAAACGGCGAGUCCAUUCCUCUCGACAGGCCUGUACCGUGUUUGGGAGGUGUAGAGAUAUGGUUAAAUACUCUUCUUGAUACCAUGAAAGAUACAGUCAAAAAUGUUAUUGCUAAUAUAGCACAAACAAUGACUAGCGAUCCAGAAUUUGAAUUUUUGGUUGGAUUUUGGAACUUCCCUGGUCAGGCUGCUUUGCUGGGAAUGCAAAUACUUUGGACAAGUGAUUCUGAGUAUGCUCUGAAAAAAUCGAGAGUGGACCGUUUUAUAAUGCGGUUCACCAAUCAGAAAUUACUAGACUUAUUGAAUGGUCUUAUUGAUCAGACAGUUAAAGAACUAACUCCUUUGGACAGAACGCAAGUUGAAACAAUGAUCACCGUGCAUGUUCACCAAAGAGAUAUUUUUGAUGAUUUAGUGAGAAUGAGAGUAAAAUCACCAAUCGAUUUCGAAUGGCAGAAGCAAGCUCGUUUCUAUUAUUUUGAGGAUAGCGACGAUUGUUUAGUUUCUAUAACCGAUGUGGACUUUUUAUAUCAGAAUGAAUACCUUGGGAUAACAGAGCGGCUGGUGAUAACACCGCUGACGGAUCGGUGUUACAUCACGCUGUCGCAGGCUAUCGGCAUGAGCAUGGGCGGUGCACCCGCGGGCCCCGCCGGCACCGGCAAGACCGAGACCACUAAGGACAUGGGCCGCACCCUCGGCAAGCUCGUUAUCGUCUUCAACUGCUCCGACCAGAUGGACUUCCGAGGUCUGGGCCGUAUCUAUAAGGGCUUGGCCCAGUCAGGCACGUGGGGCUGCUUUGACGAGUUUAACCGCAUAGAGCUGCCCGUGCUAUCUGUUGCGGCGCAACAGAUCUACAUCUGCCUUAAUGCCAGGAGAGAGAAAAAUGACUUCUUUAUAUUCAGCGAUGGUGACACAGUCAGUUUGAAUCCGGAGUUUGCUUUCAUCAUCACUAUGAACCCUGGCUAUGCUGGUCGUCAGGAAUUGCCAGAAAAUUUGAAGAUCCAGUUUCGCUCUGUUGCGAUGAUGGUCCCCGAUAGACAAAUUAUUAUCAGAGUCAAAUUGGCCAGUUGUGGUUUUAAAGAGAACAUUGUUCUGGCUCGUAAGUUCUUUACGUUGUACAAACUGUGCGAGGAGCAGCUAUCUAAGCAAGUUCACUACGACUUUGGACUGCGGAAUAUUUUAUCCGUUUUACGAACUAUGGGUGCACAAAAACGUGCAAACCCGGACAGUACUGAAGAAAACAUAAUGAUGCGAGUGAUGAAAGAGAUGAAUGUUUCUAAGUUAGUAGACGAAGACGAGCCUCUAUUUAUAUCACUGAUUGAAGAUUUGUUCCCUGGAAUUAAAAUAACUCAGACGGUCCAAAAAGUAAUGCAAACUGCAAUAAAAACGGUGACAUCACGUACUGGGCUGGUUAAUCAUCCAGAAUGGAACUUGAAGAUCAUCCAAUUAUAUGAGACGUCGCUGGUGCGGCAUGGCCUCAUGACGAUGGGCCCGACCGGCGCGGGCAAGACCACCUGCAUACACACGCUGAUGGCAGCGCUCACUGAAAUUGGCAAACCACAUAGGGAAAUGAGAAUGAAUCCUAAGGCAAUUACGGCACCACAAAUGUUCGGUCGUUUGGAUGUUGCAACCAAUGACUGGACUGAUGGUAUAUUCUCUACUCUGUGGCGUAGAGCAUUGAAGGUGAAGAAGUCUGACACGACUUGGAUCGUCUUGGAUGGUCCGGUAGAUGCCGUAUGGAUUGAGAACUUAAACUCGGUGCUGGACGAUAAUAAGACGUUGACGCUUGCCAACGGUGACCGUAUUACUAUGGCACAGAACAGUAAGCUGGUGUUCGAGCCGGAUAACGUGGACAACGCGUCUCCAGCCACCGUCAGUCGCAUGGGCAUGGUGUUCCUAUCUUCAUCAGUGCUCAAAUGGCAACCUAUACUAGAGCGUUGGUUAGCAACUUUGGAACCGAAACAGUGUGAUGUUCUACGUAAAACUUUCUACAAAGUUUAUGGUGACGUUCAUAACUUCGUGCAGACGAAACUAACAGCUAAAAUGAAGCUUCUUGAAGCUAUCUAUAUCAGGCAGUGUGUAGACGUUCUUUCUGGGUUACUGCAGAUUGAAGUUCCAGGUGGCAAGACUCACUCGGAACGUCAUCUCGAGCGUUUAUUUAUCUUUGCGAUGAUGUGGUCACUGGGUGCUGUUUUGGAGUUAGACAUGCGACGGCGCAUGGCUGAGUUCAUGACGCAGCUGCCCGUUAAAAUGGACUGGCCUGGUUCAAAAUCCAAGGAAUUUAUAAUGCCUUACGAAUAUACGGUUAAUGCCAGUGGCGCGUGGGAGCAUUGGUCUGAGAGUGUGGAGGACUACAUUUACCCUCCCGACAGCAUACCAGAGUAUGCUUCCAUAUUGGUGCCGAAUAUAGACAACGUGUGCAUAACGUUUUUGAUCCAUACCAUCGCAAAGCAGGAUAAGGCAGUAUUACUGAUCGGAGAACAGGGUACCGCCAAGACUGUCAUGAUGAAGAGUUACAUGUCUAAGUACGAUAACGAGGUCAAACUGUUUAAAAUUGUCAACUUCUCUUUCGCUACUACGCCGAAUAUGUUCCAGAGGAUAAUCGAGUCUUAUAUGGAGAAGCGAGUAGGUAUGACGUACGGGCCUCCGGGCGGGCGAGCAAUGACCGUGUUCGUGGAUGAUAUAAACAUGCCCGUAGUCAACGAGUGGGGUGAUCAGGUUACUAACGAAAUAGUGCGACAACUGAUGGAAACUGGUGGCUUCUAUUCGUUAGACAAGCCCGGUGAUUUCACAAUCGUUGCUGAUGUUCAGAUGUUUGGCGCUAUGAUACAUCCUGGUGGUGGGCGAAAUGAUAUCCCUCCGCGCCUGAAGAGACAGUUUAAUAUUUUUAAUUGCACGCUACCCAGUAACAUUUCCAUGGACAAGAUUUUUGAGACAAUAAGUGCUGGAUAUUUCUGUAAAUCCCGCUUUGAUAAAGUGAUAGUGCAGUUUAUGCCCCGAUUAGUGCCAAUAACGCGAGUCAUUUGGCAGCAAACCAAAGUUAAAAUGUUACCGACGCCGGCGAAGUUCCAUUACGUUUUUAACUUAAGAGAUCUAUCUCGCAUAUGGGAAGGUAUUCUGUUCAUCAAGAGAGAGGAACUUAAGUCCAUUAACAUGGCUUUAAAGCUUUGGUUCCAUGAGUGCUUGCGAGUUAUUUCUGAUAGGUUCACUACCUUCGCUGAUAAAGAUUGGUUUGAAGCAAAUUUCUGGGCAACUGCCAGUCAAGAAUUACCGGAUCUAGUUAACGAAUUCCCUGACGAAGAAACGUUCUUUGUUAACUUUCUACGAGAGCCGAUAGAACCAACUGGCGAAGAAGACGAAGACUUCAGUCUUGAAGCUCCAAAAAUAUACGAGGAACUACCCUCUUGGGACUUCGUUCUGUCAAAACUUGCUGGAUUUGAAUCACUCUUCAAUGAACAGAUUAGAGGAGCUCACCUGGACUUGGUGUUCUUCCACGAUGCGAUGGUCCAUCUGUUCAUAAUAUCUCGAAUCAUUAACACACCAUGCGGCAAUGCGUUGCUCGUGGGUGUCGGCGGAUCUGGAAAGCAAAGCUUAACAAAAUUAGCAUCAUUUAUAGCUAACUUUUCGUUCUAUCAAAUAACUCUAUCAAGAUCCUACAACGUAAACAACUUCAUGGACGACAUAAAAGUGUUAUACCGCGUAGCCGGGCUACAGGGCCGUGGCAUCUCCUUCAUAUUCACAGACAACGACAUCAAAGAUGAACACUUCUUAGAAUACCUCAAUAAUAUCAUGAGCUCCGGAGAAAUUGCUAAUCUUUUCCCUAAGGAUGAAUUGGAUGACAUCCUGAAUCAAUUGAUUCCCAUAAUGAAAAAGAACGCACCUAAAAGGAUUCCUGUUCCCGAUAUAUUGUAUGAAUACUUUAUUAUACGUGCCAGAGCUAAUUUACACGUCGUCCUGUGUUUUUCACCGGUGGGUGAAAAAUUCAGAAGCAGGGCGUUGAAUUUCCCGGGCCUUAUAUCGGGAUCUACGAUAGAUUGGUUUCAAAAAUGGCCCAAGGAAGCUCUUGUAGAAGUAGCGCAUCACUUUUUGUGGGAGUUUGAGGUGAUUUGUUCCAUUGGAACAAAGCAACAGUUGAUCGACAUGAUGGGCAUCGUACAGGACGAUGUAGCAGAAACUUGCGUUACUUAUUACGAUCGCUUUAGAAGACAGACGCAUGUCACUCCAAAGUCAUACUUAUCAUUUCUGGAGGGCUAUAAAACAUUAUACAAAACGAAGCAUAGUUAUAUCGCCGAGAUGUCAAAAAGGAUGACAACGGGGCUCGAGAAAUUAGGUGAAGCUGCUGCAAGUGUUGACGAACUGAAAAAAGAAUUGGAAGUAAUGGAACUGGAAAUUAAGGAAGCAACAACAAAAGCGGAAGAGGUGCUAGGGGUGGUGGCAGAAUCGCAGGCGGCCGCCGAGAUAGUGAAGGCAGAAGUGAUGGAAGUUAAGGACCGCGCUGUGAAGCUCGUCGAGGUGAUCGCGGCGGAGACCGCCGUCGCCGAGGAAAAGCUCGCCGACGCGAAGCCGGCGCUCGACGCUGCCGAAGCUGCCUUGCUGACUAUUAACGCUGCAGAUAUCGCCACUGUCAGGAAACUUGGCAAGCCACCUCAUCUUAUUACUCUCAUUAUGGACGCUGUCAUAUUACUGUUUAGAAAGCGUAUCGAUCCCAUCAGACCAGAUCCGGAAAAACAAUUUUUAACUCCUUCGUGGUCAGAGUCCUUAAAGGUGAUGGCGGAUGUGAGGCUUCUCAGUAACUUAAAGAAUUAUCCAAAAGAUGAAAUCAACGCUGAGAUGGUUGAUUUAUUGAUACCAUACUUUAGAUAUAGUCUCUACAAUUUCAACGCCGCGAAACUAGCGUGCGGUAACGUGGCAGGUCUGAUAUCGUGGACCAUAGCAAUGGCGCAGUUCUACGAGGUCAACAAGGACGUGCUGCCACUAAAGGCGAACUUGGCGGUGAUGCAGGGCAAGUACCAAGCCGCCAAGCGCGAGCUCGAGACGGCUGAAGCUCAGCUGGAGGCAAAAGAGCAAGAGUUAGCAGAAGUGCAGCGGCAGUUUGACGAGGCAAUGUCACUCAAGCAGACAGUGCUGGACGACGCAGCCAAGUGCCAGCAGAAAAUGGACGCCGCCACGGCGCUCAUUAACGGGCUCAGCGGAGAGCGAGUGCGCUGGACCGAGCAAUCUGCACUCUUCAAGUCAGAAAUCGAGCGCCUGGUUGGCGAUAUCCUGCUGCUCACCGGAUUCCUGUCCUAUUCCGGGCCAUUUAACCAAGAGUUCCGUGGACUGCUCAUUGGCAACUGGCAGAGUGAACUUCUGCGCAGGAAAAUACCUGUUUCUAUGAAUUUAAAUAUUAUAAAUGAGCUUACCGAUACUGCUACGAUCGGCGAGUGGAACUUAUACGGAUUGCCAACAGAUGAUUUGUCGAUACAAAACGGCAUUAUUGUGACAAAAGCUGCUCGUUUUCCAUUACUAAUCGAUCCACAGACCCAAGGAAAAAUCUGGAUCAAGAAUAUGGAGAAAUUCAAUGACUUAAUUGUCACUACUCUUAAUCACAAAUACUUCAGGAAUCAUGUAGAAGACUGUGUUUCCCUGGGUAGGCCUAUGCUGAUAGAAGAUGUUGCUGAGGAGUUAGACCCAGCUCUUGAUCACAUUCUUGAAAAGAAUUAUAUAAAGAUUGGUACCACGUUUAAGGUUAAACUAGGAGACAAAGAAAUAGAUGUGAUGAAAAGCCAUAAGAUCUACAUUACCACAAAACUACCUAAUCCUGCCUACACGCCUGAGGUUUCUGCUCGGACUUCUAUUAUAGAUUUUACUGUAACCAUGCAAGGUUUAGAAGAUCAGCUCCUGGGACGCGUGAUUCUUACAGAAAAGGCAGAAAUGGAAGCAGAAAGAACGCAACUUAUAAUGGACGUGACCGCUAACAGACGCAAGAUUCAGGAGUUAGAGACUAAUCUUUUGCAAAAACUUACCACUAUACAGGGCUCUCUUGUCGAAGAUGUGUCACUCAUUCAAGUGUUAAACACCACUAAAGCUACAGCCACCGAGGUGAAAGAGAAAUUGGACGUGGCAAAGGAGACAGAAAUGAAGAUCAACGCGGCUCGUGAGGAGUACCGGCCGGUGGCGACUCGCGGCUCCGUGCUUUACUUUCUCGUGACGAACAUGUCGCUCGUCUGCAAUAUGUACCAGACCUCGUUGGCGCAGUUCCUCGAACGUUUCGACAUUUCUAUGGAACGUUCACCGCAGAGCCCCAUCACAUUGAGGAGGAUUGGUUUCAUAAUUGAUUUCUUGACUUUUGAUGUCUUCAAGUACAUUAGUCGCGGUUUCUACGAGAAGCACAAAUACUUGUUUACGGUUUUGCUGACUUUGAAGAUAGACUUACAGAAAGAAUAUAUAACAUUUGAAGAAUUCCAGACAUUUAUUAAAGGUGGUGCAGCGUUGGAUCUCAACACUUGUCCGUCUAAACCUUACAAAUGGAUAACUGAUAUGUCAUGGCUGAACUUAGUGCAAUUGUCCAGUUUGCGUCAAUUCACAAACAUACUCAAUCAAGUGUCUAACAACGAGAAGGGUUGGAAAUCUUGGUUUGAUAAGGAAGCUCCUGAGGAUGAGCCAUUGCCUGAUGGCUAUCAGAGUCUGGACGUGUUCCGAAAGCUGCUGGUGGUACGAGCCUGGUGCCCCGACCGGACUCUUGCGCAGAGCUUGAAGUACGUCGUCAACUCCAUGGGCACGCGGUACUCGGAGGCCGUCAUAGUCAACUACGAGCAAAUGGUAUUAGAAUCGCGUCCAUUAGUACCGUUGAUUGGUUUCUUGGCUAUGGGUUCCGAUCCGACGCCUUCUAUCGAGGUGACAGCUAAGCGAAUGGAGAAUCUUUGCUCAUCCAUAUCUAUGGGUCAAGGUCAAGAGAUCCAUGCAAGAAAACUUAUUGAUCGUGGUCUAAAAGAGGGUCUGUGGGUGCUACUCCAAAACUGUCACUUAGGAUUGGAGUACAUGGUUGAAGUUAUGGAACAGUUUGCUGAACUCGAAAAGAACCCAGAGCAGAUACACGAAUGUUUUAGGUUGUGGAUUACAACUGAGGUUCAUGAAAAAUUCCCUAUUACACUUCUGCAAAUGUCUAUAAAAUACACUUGUGAGCCACCUUUCGGUAUCAAAGCAGGUCUCCUUAGAACAUAUGACUCGAUGAAUCAGGACUUUCUCGAUUACAGCGACAGUCCUUUCUAUUUGCCGUUAAUUUACACGAUCUCAUUUCUGCACACCGUAGUGCAAGAGAGAAGGAAGUUCGGUCCUCUUGGUUGGAAUAUUCCCUAUGAAUUUAAUUCAGCUGAUUGGCUGUCUUCUUGCAUGUUUGUACAAAACCAUUUAGAUGCUUUGGAGCCAGGACAGCCAGUUAGCUGGACAACCGUGCGAUACAUGGUGUCAGCUGUGCAGUACGGAGGAAGAGUGACUGACGACUAUGACACGAGGCUUCUAACCACCUUCUGCAGAGUCUGGUUCUCAGACCAAAUCUUUUCUGAUGACUACCAGUUCUACAAAGGAUAUGGUAUUUUCAAGUUCAAGAAUAUACCGGAGUACCUCGAUGAAAUCGAAAAGAUGAAAACUGUAGAUCCACCUCAAGCAUACGGCUUACACACGAAUGCGGAUAUAACUUACCAGCGGAACACCACCCAGGAGCUUUUAGAUACGAUACUGUCCAUUCAACCGAAAGAGUCCAGUGGAGGAGGUGGGGAGACACGAGAGGCAUCGGUCUACAGGCUUGCUAAAGAAAUGCUUGAUAAAGUGCCACCUAACUUUGAUCCUCAUGAGGUGCUAGAUAGAUUAAAAUUUUAUGGUGUACUCAAUUCAAUGGUAAUUUUCUUAAGACAAGAAAUCGAUCGAAUGCAGAAAGUUAUUGUGUUAGUAAGAACAACUUUAAAGGAUUUAUUACUCGCUAUUGAUGGCACUAUCAUAAUGAAUGAGGCACUCCGAGACUCAUUAGACAACAUCUAUGAUGCGAAAGUGCCAUGUAUCUGGUUGAGAAGUUCAUGGUCAUCGUCAACACUAGGCUUUUGGUUUACGGAGUUUUUGGAGCGAACUAUUCAGUUCUCUACGUGGUGUUUCCAAGCCAGACCAAACUCUUUUUGGAUGACUGGAUUUUUUAAUCCUCAAGGUUUCCUGACGGCCAUGCGCCAGGAAGUGACUCGUGCACAUAAAGGAUGGGCUCUUGACAUGGUUACGUUACAUAAUGAAGUUACGAAACUAUCUUAUGAGGAAAUCAAAGUUCCACCACCGGAAGGUGUGUAUAUCCAUGGCUUAUAUAUCGACGGUGCUGGCUGGGAUCGGCGCAAUCUGCGGCUAUGUGAAUGUGCUCUUAAAAUGGUAUAUACUGUAUUACCAGUGGUUCAUGUGUACGCUAUCAAUUCUACUGCACCCAAGGACCCGAAGCUGUACCAGGUACAAGUGGUUACAUUGUAUAAGAUGGAAACAAUUAUGGACCCGGUAGGGGACAGUUUAAAGUGCCCGGUUUAUAAGAAACCAGUCCGCACUGGCCUGACGUUCAUCACGCCGCUUUGGCUGCCCACUAUCAAGAACCCCGACCAUUGGAUUCUAAGAGGUGUUGCUAUUCUAUGCGACAUUAAGUAA